AUGACAAUUGCUUGGAGAUAUAAAGGACUAAAAAAAGUUGAAUUUAACAUAAAAAAUAGUUUAAAUAAGAGAGUAAUAUCAAAUUCAAUAUUAGAGAGUUCUUCAAAGCUAAUUAUAUUGAUUGAUGGCACUAACUGGACUAAUCAAGAAAAUAUUGUUAAAGAUAAUGUUGAUGGUGAAAAUCAAUUUUUGCAUGCACUAAGAGGAUUGAUUAGAAAUACAUAUAGUUCAGCAAUCAUCACGAUACCAGCAUAUCUAUAUGAACCAAUAAAUGCAUCGUUUGUAAGAAAAAUUGAACAUAUUUGUGAUGCAGUUAUAGAAAUUGAAUCAUUUGAUAAUUAUCAAAAUCCAGUUUGGUUUAUUCAAACAUCAUUUAAUGGUUUAUUUCAUAUUCAUAAAUUACCAACAAUAAAAUUUUCUGGUUCCAUCAACCAUGGAGCUGUCUAUAUUAUCAGAUUUAAAUUAAGACGUAAAAGAUUUUCAAUUGAAGUGUUUCAUUUACCUCCUGAAGGUGAUAUCAAAGAAACAAAACCCAAUAAUGAUAAUCCAGCAAUUAAUGAGCAGAAAAAUUUUGAGGAGGAUGAUUGUAAAUGA